AUGGCAACCAUACCUAUUAUCAUUAAGCACGGCAGCAAGCGCCACGAAGUCGAGCUCGAUACGACCUCCACCGGCGAAACAUUGAAGUACCAGCUAUUCUCCUUGACUGGUGUCGAGCCGGAUCGACAAAAGGUUCUCGUGAAAGGUGGACAACUCAAAGAUGAUACCCCCUUGUCCUCCCUCAAGGCCAAGCCCGGUCAGACAUUCAUGAUGAUGGGCACGCCCUCUGGAGGUCAGAACGUCCUUGCUAAGCCCAAGGAAGAACUGAAGUUUUUGGAGGAUAUGACAGCAGCCGAGGUUGCACAACAAGAGGGAGCCACUCCUGCUGGUCUACAGAACCUGGGAAAUACCUGCUACUUGAACUCUACGCUCCAAACACUUCGUGGUGUUCCGGAGCUACAAGCGGAGCUUCUCAAGUAUCAGCCAAGCAGUCAAGCUGGUCAGUCCGGCUUGUCAAACCUCUCUAGCUUUGGCCUGGGGGGCUUGGAUAGCUCGAAGGAUCUUGCGGCGGCACUUCGAGAUCUUUUCAAGGAAAUGUCCGAGACUCAGGAAGGCGUCCCACCCUUCAUGUUCCUUAAUGCACUCCGAACAGUCUUCCCCCAAUUUGCUCAACAGGAUCGUAACGGUCACGGAUACGCGCAACAGGACGCCGAAGAGGCUUGGUCUCAGAUUCUCAACCAACUUCGUGUCAAAUUGACUAUCGGGAACGGAUCCGAGUCCGCCUCCUUUGUUGAUAAGUACCUUGCAGGCCAGUUUGAUUCGGUCACUGAGUGCGAUGAUCCUGCGGCCAAGACCGUUGGUGAAGAGCCCAACAAGAGCUCCGAUGUGUUCUUUAAGUUGGAUUGCCACAUUGGUAAAGAAACCAACCAUCUCCAAGAUGGCAUUAUGGCCGGCUUGGAAGAACAAAUUGAAAAGCAAUCUCCUACAUUGGACCGCAAUGCACUGUACACUAAGCGUUCGCGCAUUGCUCGUCUGCCCCAGUACUUGACUGUUCACUUUGUUCGAUUUUUCUGGAAGCGUGAGACUCAGAAGAAGGCAAAGAUCAUGCGCAAGGUUACCUUCCCCGCUGAACUUGAUGUUGUGGAAUUCUGUACCGAUGCUCUUCGCGAGAAGCUAGUUCCGGUUCGCGACAAGGUCCGAGAGAUUCGCAAAGACGAGGUUGAUGUCGAACGCUCCCAGAAGCGCCAGAGAAUAGCCCUCGAGCGGGCAGAGAGACAGGAAAAGGACGAAACCGCGGAUAGCGAAAACUUGGAGCCAAUGCAGAAGAAAUCGGCUGCAAGCGAAAGUAAAGAGAGCAAAGAUAAGAAGAAGGACAAGGACGGUGAUGCUGAGAUGGAGGAGACUUUCAAGACCGAUGCUCAGCAUGAAGAGGAAAAGACCGCCUCGAUCAAAGCUGCUAAACAAGAGCUUCAGGAGCUCAUUAAGCAGAACGGUUCCGCAGAUGGUGGAACCAACCAGUCCGGUCUGUACGAGCUUCGUGGUGUGAUUACCCACCAGGGUGCCAGUGCCGACAGUGGCCAUUACACUGCGUAUGUCAAGAAGCAAGCCCGCAAGGCCAGUGAUGCCCAGCCUGGAAGCAAGCGCCGGGAUGGUGAAGAUGAUGGCAAGUGGUGGUGGUUCAAUGAUGAUAAAGUUACAGAGGUUGAGGCUGAGAAGAUCGAGACCCUUUCUGGUGGUGGCGAGACUCAUUCGGCGCUUAUUCUCCUCUAUCGCGCAAUUGAUCUGCCUACAUUGGAAUGA